UAAUAAUAAUAAUAAUAACAUCUAGUUCAGAACUCAGAACAAACCCUGUUCUUGUUCUAUUGUAACCUUUCCCACCAUUCUUGUUCCAAGGAAGAAAAAGAAAAAGAAAAAAAGAAAAAAGAAAGAGAAAAAGAAAAAGGAAAGACAUCGGUGACUUGUUUAAAAUUAAUAUUAAUAACAGUAAUUAAACAAAUUAUUAGCAUUAGAUAAAUAAAGAGAGAAAGGGGAUGAGUGAGGUGGCAGCUACGACGUCGUCUUCAAUGAUGCGCAAUUACCCUCUCAUUUCCGCCAUUGUUGCUUUCGCCAUCGCACAAUUCAUCAAGUUUUUCACCGCCUGGUAUAAGGAAAAAAGAUGGGAUCCGAAGCAACUUAUUGGAUCUGGUGGAAUGCCUUCGUCCCAUUCAGCUACUGUCACUGCUCUUGCCGCUGCAAUUGGGUUCCAUGAAGGCUUUGGAGGGCCUCUUUUUGCUACAGCUUUGGUUCUGGCUCUUAUUGUGAUGUAUGAUGCUACUGGUGUAAGGUUGCAAGCGGGACGCCAAGCAGAGCUUUUGAACCAAAUUGUGUUCGAACUUCCUGCUGAACAUCCUCUGCCUGAAAGCAGACCUCUCCGGGAACUUCUUGGGCAUACCCCUCCUCAGGUCAUUGCCGGGGGGAUACUUGGACUUGUAACAGCAGCUAUUGGCUAUCUAAUAACCAUGACUAGUAGUUGAAAUUGAGGAUACCGUUGUUGGCAUCCCUAGAGGAACCUUGUAUAGUAAUCAAAAACACUCUCUGCUCGAGCCUUGUUCCCUGUUCCUUCAGAUUCUAGCCUGCAUUCUUCACUUAACCUUCUCAUGUCAACUAUGGGGAUGAAAAAUUGAAUUGUAUUGAUUACACUGAUAGAAUGGAAGUGUUUGUCUUAUAAUUUUGGAAUGGAUUUUUUAUAGGCUCAACUUGAAGUCAUUUUUCUUUCCGUUA